AUGGCCGCCAUCAAGAUGAAGCUCGUGGUGGACAGGUCGUCUAACCGCGUGCUGUUCGCCGACGCCGGCUCCGACUUGGUCGACGUCCUCCUCGCCUUCCUCACGCUCCCGAUCUCCGCCGUCCAGCUCGCCGCAGGCGCGUCCUCGCCGGGCUGCCUCACAAACCUCUGCGCCAGCGUCCGCCACCUGGGGGACGCUAAACUGUUGAAGGGCGAGGCCUGCCACGGCACGCUUCUCAGGCCUACGCACGCCGAUGAAUUUGGGUACGACCGCUUGCCAUGCCCACGGUGCACUCCGUUCAUGGAAACACAACUGAUUCCACAGGGACAGGGACACAACCAGCAGUACGGCUGCAGGUGCUGGGACGUCAUGGCUAGGCUUGUGCAUGUGUACAACCAAGCAACACAAACGGAGGUGUUCUCCAAGUGGAAAGAGAGGUUCGUGAUCAGCGACGAUUUGGUGAUCAAGCCGGCGGCGACGAGCACCGUCUUGUCUUUUCUUCAGAGGUUCUUAGGAGGAGAUAGGAUCAAUGACGCCUACCAAGUGGAGGUGGACGUCGGAUGGACCCAGGUUGUUUCCUUGCUCAGGGCAUGUGUCUCGUCCACCACCAUAUUCACCGACGUGUUUCUCACGAAAAGAACCGAUGCUUUGAUGAGCACAUCGGUGCUCACGAUUUACAAGCCUCGGCGUCAAGAAGCCAACGACGACCCUGGUCCGCAGAUGAGCAUCAAGCUUUUCUUCGACAAGGAGGACAGAAAGGUCAUGUACGCUGAGUGCAAGCAUGACUUCGUGGACCUGCUCCUCAGUUUCCUGACCUACCCCAUGGGAUGCAUCCUCAAGAACCUGGCCGGCACCUCUCACCGGUUCCGCAGCUUCAACAAUCUUUACAGCAGCGCCGACGGUCUCAACACGUCUGGCUUCCUGACGGGGCACUGCUUCGGUGACAAGAGCAUGCUCCUGGAUCCUAGUCUAGCUCCGUUGAGGACCCACGGCAUCCAUGGGUCGGAACAAGCAAUUGUGGAGUGGUAUUAUCUCUGCCGCACCGGAAAGCGGCGCAUUGCUUGUGCACAAAGGAUAAAAGGCCAUGCCAUUUAUGCAAUCCGGGCUUCCGCCGUGUCGGUGCUGAAGCACUGGCGCAAGAGAAACCGGGAUAAUGUAGUGGAGAUGGACAUUGCUGUCAGCAAACAAGAGGCUGUCGCGCUACUGCAAGCGGUGAUCAAUUCAGAGACUGCGCUGACAGAUGCGUUCAAGGGGAGGUUUCAGCAGGCAGCACAACAGUUGCCACCUUCGAAAAGAAGAACAUGUUCGCCAUCGGUGGAGAACAUGCAGAUCUUUGUCAAGAUCUUCACAGGCGAGACCAUCACCCUUGACGUGGCAAGCUCCGACACGGUUGCUGCCGUGAGGAGUAAGAUCCAGAUGAAGGGGAAGCUAAUGGCUGAUUGUAGGUUAGUGUACGGUGGCAAAUGCCUGCAGGAUCCAUGGACCCUGGCUGAUUGUGGCAUUCACAGAGAAGCCACCAUCCACCUUGAGUUUUACCCCCGCGGCCUUAUCAAAACAGAAACAGAAUGA